CUGUGGAAAGUUGGCGCCACUUCGAAGUUUUGUUUUAAGGGUUGUGUACGAACUCGUUUGGAAAACGAAGCGGAAGCUAUCGAUAGAAAAAUCACCUAUAAUUCUGGCCGUUUUCGUAAAUGUUUUAGGGAAGGGAGGAUUCAAACCUCACUUGGAGUUUCACAAGCUGCUGCUGAAACAAUGAAGGAAGUGCUAAAAAUGGACUCUCGGUUUUGGCCAGCAUGGGAAGAGCUGGUUCAUUUAAUCGAGAGUGUUGACGAAGUUAAUAGUUCAGACUCGUCAUGGAUGCCGGAUUGGUUCGAGAGUCUAGCGUUAUCGCGGUUCCAUAUGGAUGGCGAAGCCCUUAAAAAAGCUGAACUUCUCAUGUCACGUGGUCUUCCAGGAAUUCCUAUGAUCUUGACACAGGUCGCUGCUUGUUCAAAUCAUCUACAUGAUCAUGAGAAGACGGUUGAACUGUUCAAAUGCAUUCGAUUGAUGGAUCCGCUUAGAAUUGAUCAUAUGAAUCUAUAUUCAGAUUCACUUUAUAUUCGUGGCGAUCGUGUUCAACUAUGUGAUCUAGCGCAUUCGUUUUUUGAAACUCAUAAGUUUUCAUUUGAAACAUGUUGUAUAGUAGGAAAUUAUUACGGCCUUCGUCGCGAAAACGAACAAGCAAUUCGUUUUUUUCAACGUGCACUUCGCUUGAAUCCUCGUGAGGCAUCCAUUUGGGUGUUGAUUGGACAUGAAUUCAUGGAACUAAAGAACAAUGCUGCAGCUUGCAUGUCAUAUAGAAGAGCAAUAGAAGUGGAUCCACAAGACUACCGUGGAUGGUAUGGACUCGGUCAAAUGUACGACAUCAUCAAAAUGCCUACAUAUUCAUUGUACUACUAUCAGCACGCUCAUUUGUGCAAACCUCACGAUUCGCGUAUGCUCGUGGCAUUGGGUGAUGUAUAUCAGAAAAUGGGCCGGCUUCGAAACGCUGAGAAAUGUUUCAUAUCUGCGUUCAAAUAUGGAGAUGUGGAAGGUACUGCGCUGUGGAUGCUUGCCAAGUUAGCUUUCAACGGUCUAUGUGUUUUAUAA